CUGGUGAGGAUCAGAAGACAGCCCUGGGACAUUCAUACACGGGGAGACAAGCAAGAUAAGAAUGGGUUUUGUGGGUGUGAGAAUGGGAGCUGUUUGGAGUUUCAUAUUUGUGGUUCUGGCAGCAAUAUCUGUGACUUAUGCGCAGCUGAGUCCAACAUUCUACAACCAAACAUGCCCCAACGUCACGGACAUCGUGUCUGGGGUUAUCCAGAAUGCUUCGCAGAGCGAUCCCCGCAUCGGAGCAAGUCUCAUCAGGCUUCACUUCCAUGACUGCUUUGUUCAAGGAUGUGAUGCUUCGCUCCUGCUGAACGACAGUGCCACCAUUGUCAGCGAACAGCAAGCUUUUGGCAAUAACAACUCUAUCAGAGGACUGGACGUUGUCAAUAACAUCAAGUCCGCCCUUGAAUCCGCUUGCCCCAACACUGUUUCUUGCGCUGACAUCCUUGCCAUUGCUGCUCAAGUUUCUGUCGUCAUAGCAGGAGGGCAGUCAUGGACAGUUCAGUUGGGAAGAAGAGAUAGCCUCACAGCAAACCUAAGCCUCGCUAAUGCUAACCUUCCUUCGCCUUUCUUCAGCUUGGACUCCCUGAAGCUAAACUUCUCUGCUCAAGGCCUCAACAUUACUGAUCUUGUUGCCCUCUCUGGUGCUCACACGUUUGGAAGAUCUCAGUGCAGGUUCUUUGAUAACCGGCUUUACAAUUUUAGCGGCGACGGCAACCCGGACUCGAGACUUAACACAACCUACUUGGCGACAUUGCGUCAGAUAUGCCCACAGAGCGGAGUAGGGACGAACAGUAACCUCACAAAUCUGGACCUGACCACACCCGAUGUCUUUGACAGUAACUAUUACACCAACCUUCAGCAAGGCAAUGGCCUCCUUAACAGCGACCAGGUCCUGUUUUCCACUUCUGGUGCUGAUACCAUCGCCAUCGUCAACAAUUUCAGCGCGAACCAGACAGCUUUCUUUGAAGCUUUUGCAGCGUCCAUGAUCAAGAUGGGUAAUAUCAACCCUUUGACCGGAACCCAGGGUGAAAUCCGAACCCAAUGUAAUGCUGUCAAUGGAGCCUCAGGGUUAAUUAUGGGCGGUGUUGCUUCCGCUGAAUCUCAAGACGCUUCUGUUAGUUCAAUCUAAGCUAUCUCUCUGUUUGUUUUGGCAUAAAUAAACAAGCGAAUCAUCGUGCUUGUGAGUUGGGACCAUGUAUUUUGCUGCUUUGUAUAUCUUUGUCAUGUAUUGCCGAGUAAUAUAAUUUCUUUCCUUGAAAAUACUUUAUGUAAAUCAUAUUUUCGCUUCCAGAAUUAAAAGAAUGCGUCUCAAAUUAA